UCUAUUCAGACCAUUAUCUGCGCAACAGAGACGAAGAAGGGGGAGGUCUGUCCUCUGUCUGGGCAGCAGAGAAGAAGAACGACUAAAACACUUUCUUAAAACACAAAACAACUCAGCAAACAUGAGUUUGUACGGCGCCAAUUCAAAACUGGCUGCCAUGGGCCAGAGAAGUAAUUCGCGACCGGAUUUGGUGGGUUCAGGUUUUAGAAACGACGUGGUCGGCGCUGGAAACGGCUUCCAGGGGGAUUACCAAGCAGGGGACGGCGGAUACACCUACACCUUCUCCAGGAGCUCCAUGCACGGCGGGGGGGUCGUAGGACAGAAAGUGGGUGGUGGCAGCGGAGGUGGUGGAGUUAGUGCACAGGCUAUUCAGCAAAGAGCUUUGUUCCUGGCAGGCCAGUGUCAAGAGUACCUGCAGAGAGCGCAGAUGAUUCUCCAGGGUGGGGGUCCAGCCAUGGAGGCAGACAAGCUGUUGAUCAUGGCUGCAGAAACCAUCGAGCAGAUGAAUGUCUCUAGCAGACAGCUGCAGCAGAUGCGUGUACCUAAUGAUGUCUUCCGAAAUGUAGAACAGUUCCAGCACAUGCAUGCUGCGCUCCAACAGCAAUUGGUCGGUGUUAUGACCACAAGACGGAAGAGAGGCAGUGUGGGCUCCCUUGAGGGGGGCAGGAUCUUUAGUGAUGCCAUAGCCUGGAUUGCCCAACAGAAGCGCAUGAUUGAGACAGCUCCAUGGGGAGAUGACUCUGUGACCAUAGAAAAGCAAAUCAUGAUCCACAACAAAAACUUCAGCUCUAUCCAGAGGAGCCAGGAAGUAGACCAUGCCAGAGAUGAACUGAACUCAAGGGGCGACAAGUACAACCUCUCUAUCCUGGAACAAGAAUGGGACAGUCUGCAGAAAAUGUCCCACAGCCGUGUGACUCAGCUGCGUGAGCUUCAGGGCAUCAUUGAGGAGAUCUCCAAAGCCAUCAUGUGGGUGAAUGAGAGAGAGGAGGAGGAGCUUGUGUUUGACUGGGGAGACAAGAACAUCGAUCAGUAUAUACCCAAGAAGCAAGAGAGCUACUCGAGGCUGAUGAGGGACCUGGAGGAGAAAGAGAAGGAGCUAAACAAGCUGAAGAUAAAAGCAGAUGGACUCGUGAAUAACAGCCACCCUGCCACAGAUAAGAUUGAAGCCUACAUGGACACCUUACAGACUCAGUGGAGCUGGCUUCUCCAGAUCACCAAGUGUAUCCAUGAUCAUUUGAAGGAGAAUGCUGCCUACAGCCAAUUUUUUAAGGAGGCCAAUGAGACCUAUGCGAAGCUGCAGAAGGAGCAUGAGACUAUCCGAACCAAGUUCACCUGUGACAAGAAAACACCACUGGAUAACCUCACUGAACUCCUGAAAAACCUGGAGAAAGAGAAGGAGCGAAUCAUGGAGAAUAAGAGGCAGGUCCAAAGUCUGGUCAACAAAUCUAAGACCAUUGUCCAACUGAAACCUCGCAACCCAGAGGAGAAGAGCAGCAGCCCCAUCAUGGUCCAGGCCUUAUGUGACUUUAAACAAGAUCAGAAAGGAAUUUUAAAAGGGAAUGAGGGCAUCCUGAAGGAUAACUCGCAGCGCAGCAAGUGGCUUGUGACAGGGCCUGGAGGUAUGGACAUGUUGAUUCCCUCUGUGUGUCUGAUGAUCCCUCCACCAAACCCGCUCAGCAUCGGCCUCGCCAACAAGAAUGAGCAGUAUUAUGAAGCCAUCAUGGGCAUCUGGAAUCAGCUCUACAUCAACAUCAAGAGUCUCAUCUCGUGGCAAUAUUGCAUCAAAGACAUCACUUACAUCAACUCCCUCACUCUCAGCAUGCUGUCUAAGAUGCGCCCUGAUGAGUACCGUAGUAUCAUCAAAAGACUGGAGACUCACUACCAGGAGUUCCAGCGUACCAGCCAAGGUUCUGAACUGUUUGGGGAAGAGGACAAGAGAACUAUCCAGGGCCACUUUGAUACAGCCCAGAACCACUAUGAUACACUAAUUAUCCAGCUGCCAGCUUACAAGGGUGAAGGAGUGAAGCCUGAACCCCCAAAACAGGAUACCACAAAGAUUCUGACUCCCAAGAUCCCCAAGCCUCCCCCACCCAGUUCUAUCCUCAGCCUUACCCUGCUCAGCAGUCUGCAAGAACUUCGACGCAGGCUGGAGCUGUCCGAGUCCGGUCUCACCAGCCAUCUCCACAUUCCACUGGGGGAAAACAGUGUGCACGAGUGCUCAGUGCACAUCCAGAAGCUGCAGACUGUGCACCAAGAUUUGGACUCCAUUCAUGAUGAGUAUCUACGACUAAGAGAAAAGAUUAUAAAGCAGCUGGAAGGGAUACCUGCAGACUCCGAGCAAGCCAAGUUCCUCCGCUCUGAACUGGAAAUCAUCAACCAAAAACUGGGAGGCCUGCAGGGUCUCUACUCAGUCUACCUUCAAAGACUGUCGGCUCUUAAGGCCUUGCACCAGAGCCUUCUCCAGGCUGAAGAUAUCAUUAAAGUCAAGGAGGCCCAGCUGACAGAGAAGGAGACCACGUCUCUGGACCUUCAAGAGGUGGAAAACUAUCGGAGCAGGCUAAAGCAAAUGAAGAGUGAGCUGGAGCAAAAAAGAGACCUGCUGACGGCUAUAGAGUCUGACCUGUCUAAAGCAGUGCACUGGAAUAGUCAAAUCCCUGAAUCCUUUCACAAGUGUGACGUGGACUUGUCCAAGUACUCAGACCUUGUGGGUCAGAUGUCUGACCGCUGGCGCCGCAUCCAAACCCAGAUUGAUAGCAGAGUGUGGGACUUGGAGAAGCAGGAGAAACAGCUGAAACAUUAUCAGCAGAGCAGCACUCUCCUGGAACAGUGGAUAGACAAUGCCAGGAAGCGCCAGGAUGCCCUUCAGAUGGUUAAGAUCAGUGACAUCCAGACUCUGAUGAACCACCUCAACCAACAGAAGGCACUUCACACUGAAAUUAAGGGAAAGAAGGAGAAAGUAGAGCAAGUGCAGAAAAACGCAGACACCUGUGCUGCCUCCAUAAAGGACUAUGAGCUGCAGCUGGCUUCCUACAGUUCAGGCCUGGAAACUCUGCUUAAUAUUCCUAUCAAGAGAACAAUGCUACAGUCCCCUGCUUCUGCAGUCAGACAAGAGGUGGCUGACCUCCAGUCCCACUACAUAGAGCUACUUACCCGCUCUAGUGACUACUACAAGUUCCUAGGGGAGCUGCUGAAGAACAUGGAAGAGCUGAAGAUCAAGAACACCAAGAUUGAGAUGCUGGAGGAGGAAAUGAGGAGUCUGAAGGAGGACAUCCAGGAUCAUAACCAGAAAAAGAAGUCACUGGAGGAUGAUUUGGCCCGCCUAAAGCUGGAGCUCACUCAAUCAAAAGACCAGCUCAUUUCCAUGGAAGAAGUGAAGAGAACCACAGUAAUGCAAGUUAACGCUACCAAGGAGAACCUGGACAGCACACACAACCAGCUUCAAGAUCUUAAUGACCAGCUGACGCGCAUUAAAUACCAGCUGGAUGAGGAAAAGAGGAAAAGGAGGUUGGCAGAGGAACGCUACACCAGCCAGCAAGAAGAGUAUGAGGCGACUGUUCGCCGCAGACAGAAAGAAUUGGAAGAACUCAACUGGACCAAGAUUGACUUGGAAAAGGCAGUGAAGGACAAGGAACGUGAACUUGAGAGGAUGAAGAUACUGCUAGAGGAGGAAGCGACACGUCGACGAAACGCUGAAUCAGAUAUCUCAAAGGUAAGAACACAGUGUACCCAGGAGAUUAAUCAACUUAAGCAGACAUACGAGACAGAGAUCCACGUUACCAAGACCACGAUCCUGAAAGCAUCACAACAGAAAGAAGAAAACACUGCAGAGCUGAGACUGCAAGUUGACAGACUCACUGCUGAGAAGAGAGAUCUAGAGGAGGAGCUGAGGAGACUGAGGCAGUCCAUUACUCACGCGGAAGAGCAGAGAAGCAGAGCAGUGCAGGAGGCUAGCCAGCAGAGGGCCUCAGUGACACAAGAGACAAGGAUCCGCAGUGAGUUGGAGAUUCAGCUGAGAACAGUCAUGCAGCAGAGAGGAGAGGAUGAGCUCAUACUAAAGGAGGCCACCAAAAACAAUCAGGAAAAGUCCAGGCAGAUCAGCAUGCUAACAUUUAACCUGGAGGAGGAGGGAAAGAAGAGGAGAGCUCUGGAAUUGGAAAUCAGUCACCUAAAGCAGGCUGAGGCAGAGCUGAAGGCAAAGAACACCUCCCAUCUGGAGGCAAUUAACAAGCUUAAAGUGUCUGAGCAGGAGAUCCACAUCACCCGAGUAGAGCUGGAGAAGUUGACCAGUGAGAAAACGAAGGCUGAGCAGGGUUCUGCCAGACUGCAGAGCCGUAUCCGGGAACUUCAGUGCUCUCUGGAUGGAAUGGAAGCUGAGUUGGAGAAGCAAAAGAAGGCAAGCCAGGAGGAGUUCACACGUAGAAAGAGAAUGGAGGCAGAGUUGGAGAGGAUGACACAUUCUUGCAGAGAGCACACCACCACAAUUAACACACUGAAAUCUAUCCAGCUAGAGACUUCCAACUCUGGAAGGAAGUAUGAGCAGGACCUCAGCGCUCUCCAGGGGGCUCUGGACAAGAGCCUGAGGGAGCAUAAAGUCACCAAGGAGGAACUGGAAGCUGUCACAGCUGAGCUAAAGACACUUAAGCAGAAGCUCCAGCAGGAACAGGCUCGAAUUCAUGAGCUCAACCAACGUAAUGAGAGCCUGUAUAAGACCAUUGAGGAGAAGAGCCGCCAGCUUAAUGAAUACACUACAGAGAUUGAAAAGCUGAAGACUCUGACGCAGAACCUGACAAAGGAGAGACUGAGGUUGGAGGAGGAGCUGAGGGCCGUUAGACAGGAGAGAGAUAACCUAAAGCUUAGCAAAAACACUAUUGAUGAAGAAAGUGCCACUCAGAUCUCAGCCUUGCAUGUCCAGCUUCAGAGUAGCACCCAGAGGACAGUGGAGCUCCAGGCUCUCAUCAAUGACCUGACCAAGGAGCGAGAAAAGCUUAAAUUGGAAACAGACAAAUUCCAAAAUCAAUUGAUUGAGACAUCCAUGAUGGUGCGUGACUCCCAAAGCAAGUACAGUGAGCUGCUGCUGGAGAAGGACAGUUUGCUAUCCAAGCUUAAACUGCUGGAGCAGGACAAGACCCGUCAUCAGCGCCUAGAAGAAGAGCUCACCCGCAUCAAGCUCACACUAGAGACUGAGUUCCGCAACAAACAGCGGCUGCAGGAUGAAAAGAAUGCCAUCCUCAAGGAUUUUAACUACAUGAAAGGCCAGUAUGAGCUGAAAGACAGCCAGAUUAGGCAGUAUGAAUCAGACAGAGACAAGGGUGAUCGAGAGAGGCUCUCCCUGAAGAAUGAGAUUGAGAGGCUCACAAGGGAGCUAAAAAGUGUUGAGGAGAGGUACAAGAGCCGUCUGUUCAGCUCUGAAAAGGAGGCAUCAGACCUGGCUCUCAAGAGAGAUGCCCUGGAGAGAGAGAUAAAGAGGCUGCAGCAGAGACCCAGCAGUCUGAGCAGGCAGACCCAGACAGAUGAGAAGGCUCCAACAAUCGAUCCGUCCAAGCUGAUAUUUGAUGGGGUGCGCCACAAAGUCACAGCCCACCAGCUUUGUGACUGUGGUAUAAUCAGUAAAGCCACUCUAGACCAGCUCCUAAAGGGAAAAAAGACAGUGGAUGAGGUAGCUGUGGACAUCCAGCUUAGUCUAAAGGGUACCGGCAUCAUUGCUGGCAUGACAGGUUCUCAAGGUAAAAUGCCAUUCACUGAAGCCAAAAACAAGAACCUCCUCAGCGCAGAGAGUGCCCUCAUGCUCCUGGAAGCUCAAGCAGCAACAGGCUACAUAGUGGACCCCGCAUUUAAUGAGAAGAUGCCUGUGGAUACUGCCUGUUCAAGAGGGAUUGUAGACACAGAAGACAGAGACACCUUGGUGACAGCUGAAGCAGCUAGUACAGGCUUCAAAGAUCCAUACACUGGGAAAGUAUUAUCUGUUGGCCAGGCUUGCAAACAGGGCCACGUAGACAAAGACAAAGCCAUCCGCUUGCUCCAGGCUCAGGAGUCUGUUGGAGGCAUAUUGGAUCCUGUUCUGAGUGUGUUCCUUCCAAAAGAUCUGGCUUUGGAUCGCAAUCUUAUUGAUGAGGAGCUCUACAGGGCUUUGAACAAAAAACCCACCUGCUACCUGGAUCCAGCGACAGGAGAGAAGAUAAGCUAUAAUGACCUUAGGAAGAAGUGUGCAGUGGACCCUGUUGCUGGCUUGCUUCUGCUCCGUGGUCCAGAAAAGCCUAUGACAGUGAAAGGUCUCCGUGGUGAAGUCCCUGUUACAGAGCUCAUCCAUUCUGGACUGUUGGAUGAAAAAGAUGUGUUGAAGCUCAACCAGGGCAUGCUUACCACCAGAGAAAUUGAAGACAAGCUAAAGUCCUAUCUCUAUGGCACUACCUGCAUUGCAGGGAUCUAUGAUGAGGCAAAUGAUCGAAUACUGCCUAUCUAUCAGGCAAUGAAGGAGGGUCUGCUCAUGAGAGGAACCACCCUGGAGCUUCUUGAGGCCCAAGCUGCUUCUGGCUUCAUUGUUGAUCCAGUCAACAAUGUCCUCUUGACAGUAGAAGAGGCCACAAAGAGAGGCCUGAUAGGAAAGGAGUUUAAGAAUAAGCUGUUGUCUGCAGAGAAGGCAGUAACUGGAUACAAAGACCCAUCCACAGGAAAAAUAAUUUCCCUCUUCCAGGCAAUUGAAAAAGAUCUUAUUGAAAAAGGUCAUGGAAUCCGUCUUCUGGAGGCCCAAAUUGCCAGCGGUGGGAUUAUUGACCCCAAAGAGAGCCAUCGUAUUGAUGUCACUGUUGCCUAUAAAAGGGGAUAUUUUGAUGAGGCGAUGAAUGAGAUACUAACUUAUGAAGGAGAUGACACAAAAGGGUUCUUUGACCCUAAUACUAAGGAGAACCUGACAUAUCUUCAGCUGAAGGACAGGUGCAUCACGGAUGGCAAAACAGGCCUAAUACUCCUGCCACUCAAUGACACGAAGAAGCCCCAGAAGUCAGGUGAGAGCCGUACCAAUGUCCUUCGCAAGAGGCGGGUUGUGAUUGUUGACCCAGACACUGGGCUUGAGAUGUCAGUGAGAGAGGCCUAUCACCGGGAGCUAAUUGACUAUGACACUUUCCUGGGCUUGUCGGAGCAGGAGUGCGAAUGGGAGGAAAUAACUAUCAAGGGGUCUGACGGCUCUGCACGUUUGGUGAUAGUGGAUAGGAAAACAGGAACCCAGUAUGACAUCAAGGACUGCCUGGAACGUGGUAUUAUUGAGCAGAAGUCUUUGGAUAAGUAUCGUGCUGGAGCGCUAACCUUGACCCAGUUUGCUGACCAAAUUACCAGCAGAACCAGCAGCACUGAAAUGACCAUUGCAGCCAGCAAUGUUGAUGACAUGGUCACCUGCAGCAGUCCCAUCCAGGCACCAUCUUCUCCUACUGUCCGUAAACGCUUCAGCAGUAUUUCUAUUACUGUUUCUCCCCCUGAGAUGUUUGAUGACCAGAGCCCUGUGGCGGCUAUAUUCGACACAGAGACCUUGGAGAAAAUAACUAUUCCUGAAGGGGUCCGAAGAGGCAUAGUUGACACUCUUACAGCUCAGAGGCUACUGGAGGCCCAGGCAUGCACAGGCGGUAUUAUCAACCCUGCCACUGGUGAGAGACUGUUGCUGCAGGAUGCUGUCCAUCAGAGUAUCAUUGAUGAAAGCAUGGCCAGUAAGCUGAAACCUGCCCAGAAAGCCUAUGUUGGUUUUGAGGAUGUGAAGACUAAAAGAAAGAUGUCUGCAGCAGAGGCAGUGAAGGAGACAUGGUUGCCUUAUGAAGCUGGCCAUAGAUUUUUGGAGUUUCAGUACCUGACAGGAGGCCUGAUAGAGCCUGGCACUGGACGUCGCAUCACCAUUGAAGAGGCUAUCCGCAAAGGUUGGGUAGAUGGUAAAGGGGCCCAGAAGCUUCAGGAUACACGGAACUACCAGAAGAAUCUGAACUGUCCCAAGACAAAACUAAAGAUCUCCUACAAGGAAGCCAUGGACAGCUGCAUGGUGGAAGAAACCAAUGGUAUGAAGAUGCUGCAGGCCUCCUCAAUAUCCUCCAAAGGAAUCAGCAGCCCUUACAAUGUCUCUAACCCAGGGUCUCGCUCUGGGUCCAGGGCUGGUUCCCUUGCCGGCUCCAGGAAUGGAUCUCGUAGAGGCAGUGUGGAUUGCUCCUCUACUUACAGCUAUAGCUUCUCCACCAGCAGUACCACCUAUAACGCCAACAGUCACUCUUAAUACACAGCAUAGAAAAAUAAUGAAGCUAGACUAGUUAUUACCAGCAGUUCCUAUGCAGGUUGCUUUUCUAAAUGUUUAUGCUACCAAUGACAUUUUGGGAGGUUUGCUUAAAUAUGGAAUCUGAUUUGGAAUUUAUUUAAGCAUUUUGAUUGUUUGCAGUUUUUGGUGAUUUGGUGUUUCAAUAUUAAACUUAAUGCAGAGUAGGCUAUAAGGGGAGACACCACAGGCGAAAAGAUUGUUUUUUCAUGUAUUGGUCAAUUUUGAGAUUUUAGGCUAAUUUGCUUCCAUAACAUGUCUUCUUUCAGACUAGUGGAAAGAAAAUGCCCAAAAUACACAUUUAGGUGUUUAUUUUACUACACUUUGUCUAUUUUUGUCUGUAGAUUUCUCCUAAAUUCACUAAAAGUUAGCAUUAGAUAAUGCCUAAUUUGCAUAUUUAAACAUCACAUUUCUGAAAACUUGUAAUACAAAAAAUAAUUGCCUUAAUGAAAGUAAUCAGCUGGAGAAGUUUCAUGGUGAUAUCUAUUAGUUAAGAUUUUUACCCUAUUCACCUGGGGUGUCUCCUCUCAAUGCUAUCAUUCUAACUCAUAAAUGUUGAAUGAAUAUAUUUGUCAUAGCUCAUUUUAAUGAGGCUUUUUUAGAAUUUAACAAUUUGUUAUUUUAAAAUAUGCUUGUUUACCUCAGCUUUAGCGUGCAGUCACAAUUUAAUUUGCUAUUUUUUAUUCUUAGGUUUUUGCAGCUUGACUUGUAUAUGUUUUAUUUUACACAAUUGCAAAUGCUGAGGUUUAGCUUAAAAUACUGUAAUCAUCAGCUAUGCAAAUUCCUAUCCACUACAAUGUUAUUCUCAAGUGAUAAAAAAAAAAGUUGUCAUAACAAUUUUGAUUCAUUAAUUCAGUCAUUCAUUCAUUCUUUCGCUUACUUGCUUGAUAUCUGUAUUGUGCAUUAAAAGCUGAAACUGUUCACUAUA